AUGGACAAUAUAUAUAAGUUUAAGGCUAGCAGUUCAGUGGGGCAUUUAAAGAGUCUGAAUAAUGAUAAACAAUUUUAUUCAGAAGAGGAGAGCAGUAAGAAAGAGGAGGAGGAGAAACAAUUGAAGAAACAAAGCAAGCCUCCUAGUAAAAUGUCUCAAUUCAGUCAGAAUGCAACCGGGUAUUAAACGGAUGACUCUGACAAAGAGACUCCCAAGAAAAAUAAGGUCGGACCUUCAAGUUAGAAAGUGUCAAAAUUUCGAAAUUUGGUUAAUUCUAAAAAGAUUGAAGGGGACAACGAUGAUCCAAAUUUCGAUGAUGAUGAUGACAAGCCAACAACAAUUUAACAAUAGGUUCAACAUGCUUAGUAGUAAAGUGAAGAUUAAUAUGAUGUGGAACAGUAGGCUAAUAAAAUGCAACAGAAAUACGCUAAGGGUGAGGUGGGGAAGUCAACAAAAGUGAAACACUCUAAUACUCAACAGAGUAUGGACGUGAAUUCAGAUGUAGAGCAGAUGAAGAAUAAGCAGAAUCAGGAGGGGAAAUUAAGGAAUCAUCCCUUUAGACACCUUAUCUAUGGUCCAAGUAUAGGAGAGAAUUCAUUCAACAAAUUUUUACAAUUAACUCAAAGAGGCUUGGUCUAUGCCAAAAAGUGCUUAAAAGGACCUUCAGAUAAAUUUAUUAAAUCCAAGAUGGUUCAAUUGCAAGAAUGUCCAAUCAUUAAGCCAAAGACUCUCUUAUUGGAUUUAGAUGAAACUCUAAUUCACAGUUGUUCUCUAAGGGAGAAUCCUUAAGUAACUGUAACAGUCUUUGGAGAUUACGGGGAAGAAGCUAAGAUUCAUUUCAACAUUAGACCAUUUUGCACAUGGUUCUUACAAUAAAUGAAUUAGUUGUUUACAAUUUAUGUAUUUACAGCUUCGUCAUCUGCCUAUGCAAAUGCAAUUGUGAAUUAUUUGGAUCCAAAAAAGUAAUGGAUCAUGGGGAUUCUUUCAAGAGGAAAUUGUAUGGAAACAAAGAAUGGCUUCUUCAUUAAAGAUCUAAGAAUUGUGGGAAAUAAACAAUUGAAAGAUAUGGUGAUAGUGGAUAACCUGGCUCAUUCUUUUGGUUUUUAAAUUGAUAAUGGAAUCCCAAUCUUGGAAUGGCAUAAUGAUUAAAAUGAUCAAGAACUUAAGUACUUAGCUACUUACUUGAUGGAAGCAGCUGAACAAGAGGACAUUAGACAAUUCAAUAUACAAAGGUUGAAAUUAGAUCAACUUAUAGAAUAUAAUUUAGAUUGA